AGCCAAGCUGGAUAAUAAUGAAAAAUUAGGGGAUUUUACUCAUAAGUUGGAAGCUGCAUGUGUUGCAUGUGUUGAGACAGUGGAGUCAGAAAAGAUGACUAAAGAUCUUGCAAUUCUAUUUCAUGGACCAAAUUGCACCAUUUUCAGAAGGGAAAGAGAAUAUAGAGUGGUGAUCAAGUUUGUUGCCAGGGAAAACUUGCACCACUUGGGUCAGUUUUUAGCUGGUAAACGUGCUGAUGCUCCACAGGAAGCACUCCAGAUUCUUGACAUUGUAUUGAGAGAGCUAUCAUCUAAGAGGUUUUGUCCAAUCGGGAGAUCCUUCUUUUCACCUGAUAUUAGAACACCUCAACGGCUUGGAGAGGGUUUGGAGUCAUGGUGUGGAUUUUACCAAAGCAUAAGGCCUACUCAGAUGGGUCUUUCCCUCAAUAUUGAUAUGGCUUCUGUUGCAUUCAUUGAACCUCUUCCAGUUGUGGAAUAUGUUGGCCAGCUAUUAGGAAAAGAUAUCCUGGCGAGGCAAUUGUCUGAUGCUGAUCGCAUUAAAAUUAAGAAAGCCCUCAGAGGAGUUAAAUUUGAAGUUACCCACAGAGGGAGUGUUAGAAGAAAGUAUCGUGUUUCUGGUUUGACUUCUCAGCCAACCAGAGAACUCAUGUUUCCUGUUGAUGAGAACUCAACUAUGAAGUCAGUAGUUGAAUACUUCCAAGAGAUGUAUGGUUUCACAAUUAAAUAUACUCACCUUCCUUGCCUUCAAGUAGGAAACCAAAAGAAAGCAAAUUAUUUACGUAUGGAGGUAGGGAAAAUUCCUGCGAAUUGA